AUGGAGUCUGCGUUCGGCAAAAUCCACGAUUUCGAUCGAUUCGAUUCGACAUUCUUCGGACUCCCGAAGCAGUUCACCGAAAUGAUUGACCCUCAGGGACGGCUGCUAUUGGAGGUGGUCUACGAGGCCAUUGUCGACGCCGGUGUAAAUCCACAAGAUUUGCGUGGUAGUAAGACGGGUGUAUACGUUGGCGUAUCCCUAUAUCCUAAUCUCGAUGGUAACGCCGAUGAAAUUCAACCCGAUUUGGUGCACACUAUACACAAGGCGUCGAUGCAAACGCUGGCCAAUACGAAAUCAAUAUACGCCAGCCGUAUAUCAUUUGUGUUUGAUUUUAAGGGCCCGUCACUGAUAGUGGACACCGCCUGUUCGGCCAGUAUGACCGCCACUACGCUGGCUAUGAAUGACUUGAGACUCGGUAUGCAAUCUGUCAGUGUGAGUAGCGUG